GUUGACAUUGGCAGCACCAGAAAUUAUGUGCAUAGAAAUGUGUGUGAAAUUGUGAAUGACUUAUGUGUAGCCCGAGAUCGGAUAAAAUAGUUUCACUUAUUUGCACGUAAUAAAAAUAGUUUUUGUACUUUUUUAAUAAACAAUACAUGCAUUAUGAUUACUUUACUGUCUUGACCAUAAGUGCUACUAUAAAUUUGCAUACUUUGUGAGUUAUUUCGGUGAUCAGUGACAUUAGAGUGAAGUGCCUAAUUUGAACAUGGAGGCUGUAGCAAAACACGAUUUCACUGCAACUGCUGAUGAUGAACUCAGUUUUAAGAAGAACCAAGUCCUUAAAAUACUUAACAUGGAGGACGAUAUGAAUUGGUAUAGGGCUGAAUUGGAUGGCAAAGAAGGUCUUAUACCUAGUAACUAUAUUCAAAUGAAAAGUCAUAGUUGGUAUUAUGGUAGAAUCACAAGAGCAGAUGCCGAAAAAUUGUUAGCAAAUAAACCAGAAGGAGGUUUUCUCAUUAGGAUCAGUGAAUCUAGCCCUGGUGACUUCUCCUUAUCAGUGAAAUGUCCGGACGGUGUUCAACACUUCAAGGUCCUGCGUGACGCAUCUAGCAAGUUUUUUCUAUGGGUGGUGAAAUUUAACUCGCUGAACGAACUCGUCGAUUAUCAUCGUACGGCAUCCGUCAGCCGUCUUCAAGAUGUUAAACUUCGAGAUGUUGUGCCUGAAGAGAUGCUGGUCCAAGCUCUGUACGACUUCACUCCACAAGAGGCGGGCGAGCUGGAGUUCAGGCGCGGUGACGUCAUCACGGUCACUGACCGCUCCGACCAGCACUGGUGGCAGGGUGAGAUAGCACACCGUCGUGGACUGUUCCCGGCGUCGUACGUGACCGCCUACCACUCAUAGUGCCCGCCAGCUUGCCUCCGCUCGACCGACGCGAGCCAACCCUCCUGCGACCCCUCGCCCCCCGCGCACUCCACACGCACUCCCCCCCACGCCCCGCCACUCCCCGCACGAACCCACAGCAGGUAAAUCAUCCUCCUGCGCCAGGAACCGAGGCACGCAGUCGAGUUGUCGACACAAUGGGUCUAAGUUUCGAGUGUUUUAUGGUGCUUUUUGUCAUACAGCUAUUUUGAUAUUACGGUUUGAAUGAACACGUUGUUCGGCGCGGCCCGCCCGCGGCGCGAUCGCGGCUCGAUCGCGAAGUUUGUUUUACCAGUACAAAACUUCCCCGUUACUCUCCCAUCGUUUCCUCAUUAUUGUGACGAAUUUAUUUUCUUUACUAAUCGUGACAAUUCGCCGGAUGAACGUGUAUUUCGUCCGAUUAAACGUGCCAGAAUGUUAUUUUAGAGGUUUUUUUUAAUAUAUGCUUAGUAAUAAAUAUAUGAAAGGGAUCAAUCAAAGAUCAGAUAUCGAUAUCGCUGAUAUUCCCUUAUAAUAGAUUUCAAAUUAAUGUGAUUUUUAAAGUAUGAACAUUAUUUAUCCCUUGUUAGUUAUAAUGCUCAUUUUUUAAAUAUUUACCAUUUUAUUUGUUAGUUAAGUGAUAGUUUUAAGUUCGUUUGGUUUUAUAAUUUCGUAACCAAUACAAGUAUAUAAUCUGGUACGGUAGACAUAUUAUAAGAUAUCCAUAUAAAUCGUAGCGUCCUCUAAAGCUUAGUGCUCCUAGACGUAGGCUCAGAUUUGUGUUGCGCACAAAACGGUAAACGCAUUGUAUGCCUGCAAUCGUUUUUAUACUGACGAUGUUUGGUUGAUUGGACGAAUGUACAGCGAGGUGUUUUAGAUCAAUAUUUACUAUCCAUGUAUUUUUUAAAUAUUACAUUGUGCUUAUAACAAAAAUGCUUUUGAUGUGUUUAUUUGAAUGGAAUUCGUUACCCGUUUUAGUGUUUUACAAAGUAAUUAAUAAAAAACGAUUCGUAUAAUUGAAGCGAUUAAUCUAAAGUAAUGUAAGGACGGUGUAGUUGUAAGGCUACAGACACUGAACGUUCGUUCGUACGUACUCGCUACGUAGCGGUCCGCAGUGGUCCGCAGCGGUCCGCAGCACCGCCGACGCACCCGAGUGUCAGUGUACUUAGUUAGCGUUUAACGAUAUAGUCAAGAAUUUGAAAUUAAACUCGAGUGCUCGUUAAUUCAAUUUAAAUAUUUAUUUUUGUUAUUGUAACCGAAAAUUGCUAUAUUUAUCGAAACGUAAUAAGAUUUUACUAGUAAUCGUGACGUAAUUCAUCAACGCAAUAUCCCUAAUAUUGAUAAAUUUUAACGGAAUGUAACUUUGAGCGAAGCAUUUAACUGUGUGUAUUAUAGAAUAAGUUUGGUAUCGCAACGCACAUGUGAUGUUCACGAUCACCUGUGCUUCUCGCUGUGACAGUAAGCGUAUGAAGGCAUGUCUUAUUGAAAUGGAAGUGCUAAUCUAUAAUAAUCAAAUAUUUAAAAUAGUUAAGUUAUGAUUCUCCAAUAUUGUGGAAGAUGUAUAAUAUUUUUUACUAAUAAAUUUAAUAUUGUA